CUCCAUCAGUGGCAGAUGGACAAUACCAGGAUGAACUCCUUCUUAGAGUAUGCAAUUUGUAACCGUGGGACGGGCGCCUACCACCACUUAGAGCCGAGCUCCCCUUCCUUCCCCUCGUGCUCAGGUAGCCCCGCCAGUGACACUUUGAGCGGAGACGGGCGCUUCGGAGCGGGAGGGAGCGCGGCCCAGCAGCCCCCCGGCUACCACCCUCCCUCCUCCGGCCGCCCCGGGCCCUUCGCGGGCGCUGCCCCGAGCCCCGGGUACCCGGCCCAGAGCGGCGGCCCCGGCUACGGCCACCACCAGCUCUACCUCGGCCAGCAGGACGCGGACGGGCUGUACUUCCAGGCGGCCGGGUACCCCCCCGGGGGGACCUCCGGCCUCGGCUCCCUGGCCGAGAGCUACUGCGGGGCGGUGGCGGCCGCGGGGCAGUACCAGCAGCAGCACCUUUACGGGCAGGAGCAGCCCGGCUACUUGCCCGGCGUUUACGGCAACCUCUCGCCUUCUCUAAACGAGGAGCGAGACCCCGCGUGCCCCUCCGAGCCGGGCCCCGGCGCCGCGCAGACCUUCGACUGGAUGAGGGUGAAGAGGAACCCGCCCAAGACAGCCAAAGUGUCGGAGUUCGGACUGCUGGGCCAACCCAACGCCAUCCGCACCAACUUCACCACCAAGCAGCUCACGGAGCUGGAGAAGGAGUUCCACUUCAACAAGUACCUCACCCGGGCCCGGAGGGUGGAGAUCGCCGCCACCCUGGAGCUCAACGAAACCCAGGUCAAGAUCUGGUUCCAAAACAGGCGGAUGAAGCAGAAGAAGAGGGAAAAGGAAGGUCUCGCCCCGGCUGCCGCCUCCAGGUCCGCGAAGGAAGCGGGCGAAGCCUCGGAUCAGUCCAACUGCACCUCACCUGAGGCCUCCCCCAGCUCCGUGUCCUCCUGAAACGCGUCCCGCGGGGCCACAGAGCUCUGCCCUCGAGGGCAG